AUGACAUUCAACAUCAAUAACGUAGCAUUCAACUUUCAAUACAAUUCAGCGGAUAUCGAACAAUUGUCUGAUAAAAGUUUGGAAGAUUACAGUAUUGUUAACAGAAAACACCUGGAGAAAAUUAUUAAUAAUUCUGAAAGAUGCUUGGUAAGUAUAGAUAUUUGUUUUAUGAAUAACAUUAUUAUAGGUACUUGUACGUACCUAUUUAUAUUGUGUCAUUAUAGCGGUAUAUAUAGGUACAAAUAGGUAGGAAACAAUUAAAAAAAUGACAAAAUAUUUUUAAAAAAAUACACCUACUUGCAAAUAGAACUAAGAUAGUUUUAGGAAAACUAACAUUUUAGUAUUUUGCUAGGUAGGUGACUGUAAUAAUAAUAAAUAAUAUUAGAAAAAUAUAAUAUAAAACUAGUAUCUACUUAGGUAUCUAAUUUUAAUUUUAUUAUAUUUUUAGACAGAAGAUGAACACCGUUGGUUAAUUAAACGGGAGUGUAAAAGAGUAAUUUCGGAUUUAAAAAAGUAAGUAUUUUCUCUAACAGGUGCGUAUUAACCAUAAUACGUGGUGUAUAUUUGCCGGUCAAUAAAUUCUAGGAUAAAUUAAAUAAAUUAAUAUUAUUAAAACCUGUUUUCUCACUCCACUUGAAAAAUAAUCUUCAUAACUAACUAAUUAUCAAACUCAACCUAUAGACUUUUUUGUUCAUAAAAUAUAUGAGUGUAAAAAAAUCACAAACAUAAUUAUAUAAAAAAAAGAAAACAUUUUGAAAUUUAAUAAUAUUAACUACUAAAAUCGUACCUAUAUGAUUUUAGUUAUAUCUAAUUUAGGUGCAUCAUUGAAUUUUACUGUAUUAACUUUAGGUGUACACGUGGAAAGAAAUCGACCAACUAUGUACGAGAAGAAAUGAAAGAAGACAAUUGUGUGAAAAUGCCAUUACAUGCUAUUAAUCGUUAUGUAUUAAAUAGUAAUGUGUUUUAUUAUAAUACCAUGCCUAUUAAUAAUACGAGUAUGUUAAGUAUAAAAAACUCUGAAAAUGAUGCUGCAGUAGUUGCAAGCGAUCAAAAUAAUUGUAUAAUAAAAAACAAUUUUACUAUUAUAAACGUACGGCAGUUGAAUAUUAAUAUUAAUAACAGUAUUAUUAAAAAUAAUAAUGAACAAACGAUAUUCAAUUUUGAAGAUAUUGGUGUAGAGGAGGACAAAUUUAACUCAGAGAUAUUAAUAAUGGAUUUAGAAAAAAUUUACUGGGACAAAUGGAGAGAUUAUGUAAAGAAGAAAAUAUCUGAUAGGGCAAGUAGAUGUAGCAAAGUCGAUACAUUUCUGUUGAAAAUACAAGACAAAUUAAAUUUGGAUAGCAAAAAGAGCUCUAAAAUAAUGAAAUCAUCAAAUAAUUUAGCGCCAAAACAGAUAAAAACGGUUUGUGAUCGUCAACAAGUUAAAAUUGAAAAUCAAAAAAAAAUGCUUGAGAAACAACAAAAGGAAAUCGAACGUUUAAAACUCCAGCAGUUGAAAUUAGAAUCGGAAAAGGCCUUGCUGGAAAAUCAAAAAAUGUUAGUUCAAACCUAUGAUAAAUCUGAAAAAAGACUGAAGAUUAAUAAGUACGUCCCACGAAAUAAUUGUGUUGUAAAAGCCAGUCCGUCCGAUAUACUUAACAGAAUGGAAAUAAGAGCUUUAGACCGCCAAGCGAAAUGGGAAGCCAUUAAAGAAAGACGUCGAAUGAUGGAACAAGAAGAGCUAAGAAAAAAACAAGAACUUAAAGAAAAAUGUUUAAAAGAACAGAUGGAACUAAAGCGUAAGCAAUUAUUUGAAGCUAGAGAGAAUUUAAGAAUGAAGAGAAUCGAAGAAGAAAAACGUAAAGUGGAAAAAGAAAUUUGGCGGGAAAACGUUAAAAUUGCUGAUGAGUUUUAUCGAAAGUUGUUAUUAAAAAGAGUUCUAGAAGCUUUUAAAUUAAAUUUAAUGAACUUAAGGACACGGAUACAAGAAGCAUCACAUUAUUAUGAUACAAAAAUUGUUGAAACUUGUUUUAGUAAAUGGAGAUUUUUUGUAAAUAACAAUUCAAAUGAAAAAGUACUUUUUGCAGAGCAAUUUUAUAAGCGGAAAUUAAUAAAGAAAGCGUUUCUUAGUUUUUUAAAGGUACCCAAUUAUUUUGUUAUAACGAAUAUAAAUAGAUUUGUGAUUUAAUAAAUAUAACUGAAUAAUAAUAUUUCAUUAGACUCAGUUAAGAGGACAUCAUAUCUGUAUGCACUGUCUCGGUUCAAUUAAUGGGCGAUAUAACUAAAUCUACAUUACGUGGAAUGUGUAGAAUUUUCUUAAUUUUGUUUUUAGUAUAAAAUCACCUAUUAUAAAAUUAAAAGAGAACAAUAUUCCGAAACGCAGGAAAAUGCGUUUUUCCUAUUCUAAUUAUUUUUUCGAAUAUAAUGUUAUAUCAUUAAAAAAUAAAGCCUAAUUCAUCGUUUUUAAAUUACUGUAACAAUUCUUUAACUGAAUUUUUUAAAAAAAAACGCAGUUAUGCCCUCAGGAAUAAUGUCCCUUUUUAAUUUUAGAAUAGGUGCUUUUACUUUAAAAUUAAAAUUAAGCGAGUUCUACACAGUUUGCUUAAGGUAGAUUUGCUGUAUUGCCCAGUAGUUGACUGACAACACAGGCGGGUACAUGUAUAACGUUCCCUCAACAGCAACAAUAUUUAUUUUUUCUAUAGUGUUGGUUAUUUUCUAAUAGAUCUUUUAAAUUAUUAUGUUGUAAAUACUGUGAUUUUAAUGCUGAUUAACACAAAUAUUUUUAUUUAAUUUAAUAUUUUUAGAAUUUAGAAGAACGUAGAAAAAAAGAACAAGUUGCUGAGGAUUGGAACAAUUUUAAAAUUCAAGAAUUUUGGUUUAAACAAUGGCUUAAUCAUUUAAGGGCAAAGAAAAUUGAAAUGCACCAAAAAAUGUUGGAAGCAGAAUCUUAUCAUAACAAGUAAUAAGAACUCACUUUAUAAAUUUAUUUUAUUUCUAAAAACUUAAAAUCUUUUGACUCCGUCAUCUUACCACUGCUUUGGUUAUGCUCUCGACCUUUUCUUAUAUGGUUUUUACAUUGGUGUAUUAAUAAUUAACUUUUAAUCAAAUGACAAGUAAAAAUUAAAUAAAUUAUGAUUUUAGAAUCAUCAUAAAACGUUGUUUCAAUAAUUGGAGAAAGUUUCCAGAAAUAAUAUAUAAGGAAAGAGUCAAAGGUUGUAGAUUACGUUUAUGGCACGAAAAGGUUCAAGAAAUUUUACCAGACUUUAUUCCUCCAGAAUAA